AGGGGAGAACAGUUGAUCAGUCACUAAUUUGUGGUGCUAAGUUAAUACUUACAAUUUACAUUCCAAAGUUUGCUUUGUGUAAAUAUUUAGACAGAACAUAACAGUUAAGUUGAACUUCGGACGUCAAAACCUGACACAACUGAGGAGCAAGACCACAAAAAUAUGAAGACCGCAAAGCGCAUUGCGAUUAUUGGGGCCGGAGCGAGUGGAUUAACAUCUGUAAAGUGUUGCCUUGAUGAAGGUUUACAGCCGACCUGCUUUGAAAGGAGCAAUGAUAUUGGUGGACUUUGGAACUACCAGGAGAACUCUUCCUUGGAGCAUCCAGGUAUUUAUAAGACGUUGAUCAUAAAUACCUCCAAAGAGAUGAUGUGUUUCAGCGAUUAUCUGAUUCCUGAUGAUUAUCCCAACUACAUGCACAAUUCAAAAAUCCUUCGUUACUUCAGGGCUUACGCUGAGAACUUCAAUCUUAUGAAAUACAUUCGACUGAAGACCAAUGUCUGCAGCAUAAUGAAGGAACAGGAUUUCUCUUCCAAUGGACAGUGGACCAUCACUACUAAAGAUGGAGACGGCAAUAUUGAAACAUCUGUUUAUGAUGCUGUUAUGAUCUGCACAGGACAUCAUUGUAAUCCACACACACCAUUGGAUUCCUUCCCUGGCAUAGCAUCUUUCAAAGGCCGAUAUAUCCACAGCAAGGAAUACAAGGAUCCUCAAUUAUUUGAAGGAAAGAAUGUCGUUGUGAUUGGGAUCGGGAAUUCUGGAGGGGAUAUUUCAGUCGAAAUCAGCCAAACUGCGAAACAGGUUUUUCUGAGCACUAGGAGAGGGUCUUGGGUUUUGAACAGGGUUGGGAGUCAAGGAUACCCAGGUGACAUGGUUUUUAAUCAACGUUCGGCCCAAUUGCUGAAGGAUCUCAUACCACAAUCCAUCUUGAAAUGGUUCGUUGAGCGAUCAUUGAACAAGAGAUUUAACCAUAUCAACUAUGGACUACAACCAGGCCACAGCAUUUUCAGUCAACACCCGAUGGUGAACGAUGAUCUGCCAAACCGUAUCAUAUCGGGCAGAGUUCUGGUCAAACCCAAUGUCAAGAGUUUCACCGAAACGACAGCCAUCUUCGCCGAUGGCUCAGUUGAAGAGAUCGACUUUGUGGUCUUCGCCACGGGGUAUACGUUUUCAUACCCAUUCCUGGAUGAGUCUGUGGUCAAGGUGGAAAAGAACCAGGUGGACCUGUACAAGCUCGUGUUCCCACCCGCAAUCACCCACCCAACUCUUUGUAUCAUUGGCCUCAUGCAACCGUUGGGAGCCAUCAUGCCCUUAUCAGAACUACAGGCUCGCUGGGCUACAAGGGUUUUCAAAGGGGAUGUCAAACUACCAUCGACAGCCGAUAUGAUGACGGACAUAAUGGCGAAAAAAGAAAAGAUGUCAAACAGGUACGUCAAAUCCCAACGCCACACCAUCCAGGUGGACUACGUCACUUACGCUGAUGAAUUGGCCGAUCUCAUAGGUGCCAGACCCAACCUGAAGAGUCUUGCUCUUCGAGAUCCAAGAUUGGCCUACCAUGUCUUCUUUGGACCAUGUACACCUUGCCAAUAUCGUCUAGCAGGUCCAAAGAGUUGGGGGAAAGCCAGGGAAGCCAUCUUGACCACGUGGGAUCGUGCUAUUCGACCAACCAAGACACGUACAUUGGUGCAAAGUCGUAGCAAUCUCCCAAUCCCUCUGUUCUUCAACGUCCUUGCCUUCCUGUUGGCUAUUUGUGCAAUCUUGUACUUUUUCUAGACAAUUGGCCUUGAGUUUAGUUUAGUUUGGAGAUACAACACGGAAACAGGCCAUUUGGCCCACCGAAUCAAUAGGGAAUAGGUGCAGGGGCAGGCCAUUCAGCCCUACGAGCCAGCACCGCUAUUCAAUGUGAUCAUGGCUGAUCAUCCACAAUCAGUUCCUGCCUUUUCCCCGUAUCCCCUGGCUCCGCUAUCUUUAAGAGCCCAUAUCUAGCUCUCUCUUGAAAGUUUCCAGAGAACGUGCCUCCACCGCCCUCGGAGGCACAGAAUUCCACAGACUCACCCUUCUCUGUGAGAAAAAGUGUUUCCUCAUCUCCGUUUUAAAUGGCCGAACCCUUAUUCUUAAACAGUGGCCUCUGGUUCUGGACUCCCCCAACAUCGGGAACAUGUUUCCUGCCUCUAGCGUGUCCAAACCCUUAAUAACCGUAUAUGUUUCGAUAAGAUCCCGUCUCAUCCUUGCAAAUUCCGGAGAAUACAAGCCCAGUCGCUCCAUUCUCUCAGCAUAUGACAGUCCCGCCAUCCCGGGAAUUAACCUUGUAAACCUACGCUGCACUCCCUCAAUAGCAAGAAUGACCUUCCUCAAAUUUGGAGACCAAAACUGAACACAACACUCCAGGUGUGGUCUCACUAAGGCUCUGUACAACUGCAGAAGGACCUCUUUGCACCCAUACUCGAUUCCUCGUGUUAUAAAGGCCAACAUGCCAAAACUGCACAAAAUACACCAGGUGUGAUCUCACUAGGGCUCUGUACAACUGCAGAAGGACCUAUGUGCUCCUAUACUCGACUCCUCUUGUUAUAAAGGCCAACAUGCCAUUCGCUUUCUUCACUGCCUGCCGUACCUGCAUGCUUACUUUCAUAGACUGAUGAACAAGGACCCACAGACCCCAUUGUACCUCCCCUUUUCCCAACUUGACACCAUUUAGAUAGUAAUCUGCCUUCCUGUUUUUGUUACCAAAGUGGAUAACCUCACAUUUAUCGAUAUUAAACUUCAUCUGCCAUGCAUCUGCCCACUCCCCUAACCUGUCCAAGUCACCCUACAUUCUCAUAGCAUCCUCCUCACAGUUCACACAGCCACCCAACUUUGCGUCAUCUGCAAAUUUGCUAAUGUUACUUUGAAUCCCUUCAUCCAAAUCAUUGAUGUAUAUUGUAAAUAGCUGCGGUCCCAGCACCGAAUCUUGCGGUACCCCACUAGGCACUGCCUGCCAUUCUGAAAGGGACCCGUUAAUCCCUACUCUUUGUUUACUCUGCCAACCACUUCUCUAUCCAUGUCAGCACUCUACCCCCGAUACCAUAUGCCCUAAUUUUGCCCACUAAUCUCCUGUGUUGGACCUUAUCAAAUGCUUUCUGAAAGUCCAGGUACACUACAUCCACUGACCCUCCCUUGUCCAUUUUCCUAGUUACAUCCUCAAAAAAUUCCAGAGUAUUAGUCAAGCAUGAUUUCCCCAUCGUAAAUCCAUGCUGACUCGGACCGAUCCUGUUACUGCUAUCCAAAUGUGUGGCUAUCUCAUGUUUUAUAAUUGACUCCAGCAUCUUUCCCACCUCCGAUGUCAGGCUAACUGGUCUAUAAUUCCCCGUUUUCUCUCUCCCGCCUUUCUUAAAAAGUGGGAUAACAUUAUCUACUCUCCAAUCCACAGGAACUGAUCCUGAGUCUAUAGACAUUGGAAAAUUAUCACCAAUGCGUCCACGAUUUCUAGAGCCACUUCCUUAAGUACCCUGGGAUGCAGACCAUCAGGCCCUGGGGAUUUAUCAGCCUUCAGCCCCAUCAGUCUAUCCAACACCAUUUCCUGUGGAUUUGCUUCAGUUCCUACGUCACCCCAGAUCCUCUGGCCACUAGUAUAGCAGGAAGAUUGUUUGUGUCCUCCUUAGUUAAGAUGGAGUUCGUGCCGACCAGCGAUCGCCCGUUCACAUACUAGUUUAGUUUAGAGAUCCAGCACGGACACAGGCCCUUCCCCACCGAGUCUGUGCCGACCAGCGAUCGCCCGUUAACACACUCAGUUUUCAAGUGCCUGUCUGUUCGAAAGGCCACGAUCGUAUCUGCCCCCACCACCACACAAGCCAAUUAUUCGGUCCAAAGAAGGGUCCCUUCUCCAGAGAUGCUGUCUGACCCGCUGAGUUACUCCAGCACUAAGUGUCUUUUUUAAAUAAUUUAUUUCAAAAUGUUUUGCUCUCAAUUAAUUCAUCUUAUGUCUUACAUCUAAAACAUAGCUGGUCUCAUUGAAAAUGUUUCCAAAUAUCUCCUAAUAAAUAUAAUAAAAGUAAGUUGUCUUAAAAUCUUGUUCAUCAGAAUAAGAUUUUAGAGAUACAGCGCGGAAACAGGCCCUUCGGCCCACCCAACACUACCCUACACACUUCCGCACACUAACACUACCCUACACACACACUGGGGGACAAUUUACAAUAUUUACCGAAGCUAAUUAACCUACAAACCCGCACGUCUGUGGAGUGUGGGAGGUAACCGGAGCGCCCGGAGAAAACCCACGCUGGUAACGGGGAGAUGGUACAAACUCCGUACAACCAGAUCUCUGAAGUUCCAGAGGAACCCCCGUGAAUUAAAAUCGUGAAUUAUUUCGAGAGGGUUUGUAUCCGGCAACAUGGAUAUACCAUUGAGGCUCUACAAGGCACUGGUCAGGCCACAUUUGGAGUAUUGCGUGCAGUUUUGGGCCCCGUAUCUGAGGAAGGAUGUGCCGGCUCUGGAGAGGGUCCAGAGGAGGUUUACAAGAGCGAUCCCAGGAAUUAGUGGAUUCAUGUACGAUGAGCGUUUGUCGGAGCUGGGCCUGUACUCGCUGGAGUUUAGAAAAACGAGGGGGGGGUCACACAUCAUUGAAACUUCACCGAACAGUGAAAGGCCUGGAUAGAGUGGAUGUGAAGGGGAUGUUUCCACUAGUGGGAGAGUCUAGGACCACAGCCUCAGAAUUAAAGGACGUUCCUUUAGGAAGGAGAUGAGGAGGAAUUUCUUCAGCCAGAGGGUGGUGAAUCUGUGGGAUUCGUUGCCACAGACGGCGGUGGAGGCCACAAGUCAGUGGAUAUAUUUAAGGCAGAGAUAGAUAGAUUGUUGAUUAGUGCGGGUGUCAGGGGUUACGGGCAGAAGGCAGGAGAAUGGGGUUAGGAGAGAGAGGUAGAUCAGCCAUGAUUGAAUGGUGGAGUGGACUCGAUUAGCCGAAUGGCCUAAUUCGGCUCCUAUCAAAUGAACUUGUGAACUUAAACCUGUAACAAGAGGAUUUGUGUAUAAGAGCAAAGAGCUCCUUCUGCAGUUGUACAGGGCCCUAGUGAGACCACACCUGGAGUAUUGUGUGCAGUUUUGGUCUUCAAAUUUGUGGAAGGACAUUCUUGCUAUCGAGGGAGUGCAGCGUAGGUUCAUUCCCGGGAUGGCGGGACUGUCAUAUGCCUAAAGAAUAGGUCGACUGAGCUUGUAUUCACUGGAAUUUAGGAGGAUGGCUAUCAGUACCUUACCUGCCAGGUAAGCUAAAUACAGUGGCAGACACCAGGUCACAUAAAUUUAAUGACAACAUCGAAUGGAUGUUAAACCCCAAAAAAUUUGCAAAAGCUAUCAAGCAAUAUGGCACGCCAGAUAUCGAUUUAUUUGCAUCAAGGCUAAAUCACCAGGUACCUAUGUAUGUCGCUUGGGAACCAGACCCUGAGGCAGCAGCGGUAGAUGCGUUCACGCUGGAUUGGGGAAAUUCUUCUUCUAUGCAUUUCCUCCCUUCUGCCUCAUCAGUUGGGGACUACGCACAAUUCAAAUGGACUCUGCUUCAGGUAUUUUGAUAGUACCCGACUGGCCUACGCAGCCAUAGUUCCCAAUACUCCAUGACAUGGUUGUUGAAACUCCGAUGGUGUUUCCCCAGUGACCCAGAGUUAUUAACUGCUCUGUCCAUAUAGUGCUGGGCUGCAGCAGAUGUUGAACGUGUGCCUCAGUAUGGCCUUGAUUAUGACAUAAAGUAUAACGCUAAGAAAAGCCGCAUAAUGAUAGUUAGAAGCGCUGAGGACAGCAAAUCAACUUUUCCGACCUUUUAUUUGUCAGACAGUCCUCUUUCAGUGUGUGAGGAAAUUAAAUACCUAGGUCAUGUCAUAUCCGAUGACUGGACGGAUGACAAAGACCUCUACCGACAGCGCUGUAAAAUUUAUUUUCAAGCUAACAUACUUAUAAGGAAGUUUUCUAUGUGCUCUGACUCUGUGAAGUGUUCCUUGUUCAGAACCUAUAUCACACCGUCAUAUACUGCUCAAUUGUCCUCAAACAAGAGGACAUGACUUCAGAAUUAAGGGACAGAAGUUUAGGGGUAAUAUGAGGGGGAACUUCUUUACGCAGAGAGUGGUAGCGGUGUGGAAUGAGCUCCCACUGGAAGUGGUGGAGGCAGGUUCAUUGGUAUCAUUUAAAAAUAAAUUGGAUAGGCAUAUGGAUGAGAUAGGAAUGGAGGGUUAUGGUAUGAGUGCAGGCAGGUGGGACUAAGGGGAAAAAAAUUUGUUCGGCAUGGACUUGUAGGGCCGAGAUGGCCUGUUUCCGUGCUGUAAUUGUUAUAUGGUUAUAUGGUUAUAUGGUUAUAAUUGUGGUCUAACUAUAAGAACAAGAGUAUGCAGAGGCUUAAGGUAUUGUAUUGUAUUGUAUUGUAUAUCUUUAUUGUCAUUUCCUGAGUAUUCGCAUACCCAGAGGAAACAAAAAAACGUUGCUCAACCAGUGUCCAUUCAGUGUGCAUGAAAAAUAAAUAGAAAUUAAAAAAAAAUACAUGUAUCAUGAACAAAUUUAACACUCUACUAAACAUACAACAGGCGUUCCGACCGGCAGCGGCACAACACUGGCUCUGCUGCAGUGUGGGGGUGUGUGUGCGAUACUUG